ACAGUGCCGUGCUCCGAACAGCUGAAUGCGUAUUGUGCCGCGCAACGUUGCCAGUUCACCAGGACAAGACAAGAUGGCCGCCUCGCCCGCGUCUCAGCCAGCCCUGGACCUCGUCAUUUGAGACACACAGCGCCAUCUGCCGGAGCAGGCAGCGAUGCUCAAGGACAGGGACUCCGAGGGCUCCCCGGGGGUUCCCGACGAGUGCGCGGGCUGCGGGGGGCGGAUACAGGACAGAUAUUACUUGCUGGCGGUAGACCGCCAAUGGCACGGCUCCUGCCUGCGCUGCUGCGAGUGCCGGCUGCCUCUCGACUCCGAACUGACCUGCUUCUCGAGAGACGGCAAUAUCUACUGCAAGGAGGACUACUACAGAAUGUUCUGCGUGAAGCGCUGCGCUCGCUGCGGCGCAGGCAUCACCGCCAACGAGCUGGUGAUGAGAGCCAGGGACGCCGUGUACCAUCUCACCUGCUUCUCCUGUGCCGCCUGUGGAAGUCUUUUGUCCAAGGGAGACGUCUUCGGCAUGAGGGAUAACCUGGUCUACUGCAGGCCACAUUAUGAGCAGGAGUAUGAUGAUGACAGCGUCUAUAGGUGCCAAGAAAUGGACAGCGAAGGCUCCCCCUCCCAGUUCUACGGCGGACCGGGUCAGAAGGGGAGGCCUAGAAAAAGGAAACUGGCGCAGUCGGAUGACAUGCAGGUUCAGACCAUGAGGAUGGCCAGCACGGCGCUAGAAAUCCUCCACCGCGGCGACCUGUCAUCGUCAAUGGAGUCCCUAGCGUACGACUCCGGCGCAGCGUCCCCGGGCUCCGUGAGCAGCUCGCGCACCAAGCGCAUGCGCACCAGCUUCAAACACCACCAACUUCGGACCAUGAAGUCAUACUUCGCGGUUAACCAAAACCCAGACGCUAAGGACUUGAAGCAACUUGCUCAGAAGACUGGGCUUUCCAAAAGAGUGCUACAGGUAUGGUUCCAAAACGCCCGCGCGAAGUGGCGACGCAACAUAAUGCGCCAGGAGACCAACCCUCCCUCCCAUCCCAUUCAACCCCCCCUCAUGUUAGAACUACAGACCUUGGACGAGAACGCCCACCAUCCUGUACAGUUCUCUGAUAUGUACUAGCGCUAGGCAAAGUUGCCCGCUGAGGCUAAGUUGCAAUUUGGUGAAACGUCUGAGUUGGUUGCAAAGUUGUGUAACGAAGUAUGAGUAAUGUAUGUAUAUAAUGUCGCAGGACAGGAGGAAGUUGCACUUUGAUGCGAUGUUACUGUAUGAGGAAAACACUGUUGGUGAUUACGGUAUGGAGACGCGAUGGGACACCAUUGCUUGCCCAAUGGGGCAAAGAUGCCCACGAAGGUAAAGUUGCACUUUUGUACAACGUUGUUGCAAUAUGUAAGUAUCAGCGGUGGGCAAAAUCACAAUUGGGCAAAGUUGCAGACAGGGGCAAAGUUGCACUUAAGUGAGAAAAUUAGAGUUAGUUGAAACGUUAGUUUGGUGCAAUUUAGAAUAUGGGUAAUAUAUGUACUAUAGAAUUUUGAAAUGGCUACUAUUAACAUUCCAGUUUAUAUAUAGGUACGUAUCAUAACCAAUAAAAUAUUCACCGGUAUGAAGAAUUUAAGAAAGAGUAGGAAAAUCCAUGCUAAUUUUGUUUUGUGUAAAAAUAUUACUGGUACAGGUAAUUUAGCAUAGACACCCUAUAAAAUACCGUGUUUGUUUCCUAUAGUUUUAAUUAUUAUGUAUAUAAGUGAUACUAGUCAUGUUAUUGAAUCACAUACUAGCCGAUUAGUAAUUACCCUCGUUUAGGUAAGUACAUAAUAAGUAGUAAGCUGAAACCGAAACUAUAAAAAAUACCCCAAACAGGUCAAAGAGGGCCCAGCGCGAACACUGAACUGAAGUUCACAUAUUGCAUAUUUUUCUUUCCCUCUAAUUAUGGCCUUUGGAAAAAAGAGAAAGUUGGUAUCUUUGUCAAGUUUUAGGAACUUAGGUCUGAAACCAGAGUUAUACUUAACUUUUAAAAAAUAAGGCUGUAUGUUGUACAGACUUAGUUUAGUUCUGUCAUAGCAUAGGCAGAAAACACCCGUGCGUUUACUAGGUAUACUAGUAAUCAUAGCAAUAACCUAACCACAAAAUUAAAUUAUGAUAAAGCCCCCGACAUUAGUGGGCCGAUUUUCAUGAAACAUGGCUAAGAACAGUAAGAACACUCCCAACUAACUCAGUUUUCAAACAAAAAAAAUGAA